AAAAGAGAAGGGACGACAAGGUCUCCCAAUUCCUAGAGGACACAGUUCCCCCAACUUUGUCUCCACCUGCCAUCACUGCAUAAGACCACCUGCCUGGAUCCGCUGCUGUACGAGGAGCAUGAGGACCCUCCGGGAGACAGCUGAGCACCUCAUCAGGACCGGGUGGAGAUUCUGGCACCUGGGGCUCUGCAAGGCCCUUGCCCCACUGCAGUUUGCCUGGGUUGCCUUCUCUCAGCCUGUUCCAGCCAACAGUGGCCAGCUGCUGACCCAGCUCCUCCUGUGUGGUCUCCUAGCUAUCACUGCUGCAGGUCUGACCCACCACUGGCUGGUGUCCUCGCUGCUUUAUCCUCUGGGGUCCUCAGCCGUGGUGGCCACUGUCUGCGGCCUCCUGGUCUUCCUGGGCCUGGGCCUGGUGCCUCCGGCUCGCUGCCUGUUUGCACUCAGUAUGCCCACCCUGGGCACGGAGGAGGGGCGCCGCCUGCUCCUAUCCUGGACUACUGCCACCCUGGCUGUCACUGUGGUGCCCAAUGUCUUGGCCAACAUAGGCGUGGCUGGACAGGUGCUGAGGUGUGUCACUGAGGGAUCUUUGGAGAGUCUGCUUAACACCACUCACCAGCUAGACACAGCGUCCAGGGCUCUGAGUCUUACCAACCAAGUGGGCGGCCGAGGCCUGACACUCCAAGCCCAAGGCAAUGGCUCUGUCUUCCAACUUCACAUGCUUAGGAUCACUCAACAGAUCCGGGAAGACUUCUCUGGUCUGGAGUCCCAGGCCCGCACAGUAGUGCUGGUGACCCAGCAGGUGAUCACAGGGCUCCUUAUGCUGGGCCUCCUGGUGGACUCGGCCUGGUACCUCUACCGCUACCUGACUGACCUGCAGUUUGACAAUAUCUAUGCUACACAGCAGUUAGUUCAACAGCUGAAGGAGGCCCGGGCCACACACCUGCUGGCCUCCCCACCGGUCUGGCUGCUUCGGGCCGCUUGUCCAAGGCUGUCACAGGGGGAGCUUCUGCGCUGUCUCCUCAGGUUGGGGCUGCUUACCCUGCUCCUGAUGGCCACAGCCUUGACGGUGGUCACAGACUACGUGGUCUUCAUCCUGGCACAGGCGGCUGUGGACUGGGCUCAGAAGCUGCCCGCUGUGCCCAUUACGCUCGCAGUCAAAUAUGAUGCUUCAUACACUCUCCUGGACUUCAUCCCUUUCUUCAACCGGCCGCCUCUGGAGAGCCCCUUCCUCUCCGCCCACAACUCCUUCCAGUGGGAGCUCCACUCCAUCUCCCCCAGCUGCCUGCUGCUGCCUGCCCAGAGCCCCAACUUGACUGCCCCACUGGCCGCGGGGGUCCUGCAGCUCGUGGCUUGUUUCACAGUCCUCCUAGAGACCUAUGCCCGCCGCCUGCGGCACACCAUUGCAGCUUCCUUCUUCACAGCCCAGGAGGUAAGGAGGGUUCACCACCUUCAUGCCCGGCUCCAGCGAAGACACGACAGUCACCGAGGCCAGCAGCUGCCCCUGGGGAUGACUGGUGAAGAUGUCACAUCAUGAAUGUAUGUAAAUGUUCCUGGAACUUAUUUAUAUAUG